AUGUCCGCACUUCAGCAGAUCGUCCCCCCAGAACCGCAUUCGCCGUCAACGCCGGGACAGCCAAGCAGAUUCACAAAGGAUGUCAGCGCCCGAGUGUACAAUGAGGUUAAUCGUGGUAUGGACGUAUGGAGCAUGUUCAACCCUGCUGUCUUCCCCACUGCGGUAAACCUCGGCCAAGGAUUCAUGUCCUUCGGACCGCCGUCAUUCAUCACCGACGCUCUCGUAGAUGCGGGCUCAGAAAAGCAAGUCGCUACGCAUCACUACAGUCACCCGAAAGGCCGUUUGCAGCUGCGCAAAGCGAUCAGCGCGCAUUACUCUGCCUCAUUCCGGAAGCCAGCCUCUGUCGAGGAAGACCGCGCAGCAGGCGCACGCGCUUUGCAACUUGCAGAAGGAGACCAUUCGUCUUCACCAGCCACCACACGCGUUGGCACAGAAGGCGUCCCUGGCUUGCCACGCCGACGCGCUGAUCAUGGCUUACCCCUCGACAUUGAAACGGAGAUCCAGGUCACCGCAGGCGCCAACUGCGGUAUAUACUGCGCGACGCUUGCAUUUGUCAACAAGGGAGACCAGGUACUGAUGUUUGAGCCUUUCUUCGACCAAUACAUCUGCGAGGCUACCUUCCACGAUGGAGAACCAAUUUUCAUCCCACUCAUCCCCCCGCAGUCCAAGGAUGCGAGCAGCGGUGCUGGUCAGUCGAAAAGUAAAGAUAUGCCGAAAGCGGACGAGUGGUCAAUCGACUGGGAGAUCUUAGAGAAGGCUAUGAGCGAUCCUAAAGCCAAGGUAUUCAUCCUCAACACACCGAACAACCCCAUCGGCAAGGUCUUCUCGCUGGAAGAGCUACAGCGCUUUGCUGCUCUGGCGAUCAAGUAUGACAUUCUCGUUGUUGCUGAUGAAGUCUACGACGCGCUAGUCUUCGACAAGCUUGAGCACAUCAGGAUCGCCAGCAUUGAGGGCAUGUGGGAACGCACCAUCACAGUGGGCAGUGCAGGCAAAACAUUCGCAUGCACGGGCUGGCGCAUCGGCUGGUGUCUCGGUCCUAAGCACCUCUUAAACCCAGUUCUCGCUGCACACACGCGCAUCGUCUUCUGCUGCAACAGCGCUGCCUCCGAAGCAGCAGGUGUCGGGCUCGAGCACGCGACUAAAUCCGACUUCUUCGAGCGCCAGGUCAUCGAGUAUGAGCAAAGGCGCGAGCGCCUCUGCUCAAUCUUUGGAGAUCUCGGCUUGACGUACCACUGGCCAUCUGGCAGCUACUUUGUCAUGGUCGACCUGUCUGUCGUGCAGAUCCCUGCCGACUUUGAGUUCCCGCCGCACUUGCAAAAGCGCGACCGCGCGUACAAGCUGGCGUGGUUCCUUGCCAAGACUGUCGACGUCGUUGGCAUCCCAGCUACGGCGUUCGCGAGCGACGAAGGCGCCAAGUUGUUUGACAAGUACGUCAGGUUUAGCUUCUGCAAGACGGAAAAAGAGUUUGCAGCCGCUGCAGAGAGGCUGGAGAAGCUUAAACCCUACCUGACGGGUUCAGCAGUUUGUACGCAUCGCGACUCAUUGUAG